GAGGGAGUUGCAGCAGUUCCUAGGCUUCGCUAAUUACUACAACAGGUUCGUGCCACAGUAUGCGAAACUCGCAGCACCACUCACAAAUCUGCUGAAAAAGGACAUGCCCUACAAGUGGGAGCCGAAGCACCAGGAAGCCGUGGAGCAGCUGAAACUAGCACUCACGUCCGCACCGGUACUCGUCUUGCCAGAUCCCGAACACGACUACGUCAUCGAAGCUGACGCCAGUGACCAAGCAGUGGGAGCAGUCUUGAUGCAAGACCAAGGGAAUGGACUGCAACCAAUCGCCUACCUCAGCAAGAAACUGCACAGGGCAGAACUAAACUACCCGAUACACGACAAAGAGACCCUUGCCAUCGUCAUCGCCUUCAAAGCAUGGAGAUGUUAUCUCGAAGGACGAAGAAGUACCGUCUACACUGACCACUGCAGCCUGAAAUAUUUGAAGACACAACCCAAUCUUUCCAGGCGGCAGGUCCGGUGGAUCGACUUCCUCGAGACACACUUCCACUACGACAUCGUGUACAAGCCCGGCCACAAAAACAAAGCAGACGCUCUUAGCCGGCCUGCACACCCAUGGCAAGUGGUUAGCCUGGACUUCAUCACCGGGUUACCACCUACCACCAGCGGUCAUGACGCAAUCCUUGUCGUCAUCGACAAGUUCUCCAAAAUGGGACACUUCAUCCCGACACACACGACAGCACGCACCGAGGAGACAGCGCAACUCUUCGUUCGUUACAUCAUCUCACAGCAUGGCAUUCCAACCACACUCAUCUCCGACCGAGACCCCAAGUUCACCAGCAAGUUCUGGAAGGAACUUAUGUCUCUACUCGGGACCAAACUCGCCAUGUCAUCUGCUUACCAUCCGCAGACAGACGGACAGACCGAGCGCCUCAACCAAAUUGUUGAGCAACUCCUCCGAGCAGCCUGCAAGGACAAGAUCUCCAAAUGGGAACUGCACCUGCCCGUUCUAGAGUUUGCUUACAACAACGCUACACAUGCCGCUACUGGACAGACGCCGUUCUUCCUCUGCUACGGACACCACCCACUCACACCACAGAAACCGACAAUAUCCGCUACAGUCCAACCUGCACAUGAUUUCAUCACAACCAUGCAUGAGCUAUGGGAUCGGACCCACAAGCGCCUCCUCGACAUUCAGCAGCAACAAAAGCGCCAGGCCGAUCGCCACCGCACAGACCACACCAUCACGGUGGGAGACCAGGUGCUUCUUGACACCCGCAACCUGGACAUCAGCCACCUCCCAUCUAAACUACGCCCUCGCUUCUGCGGGCCUUUCCUCGUUGAAGCACAAGUCACUCCUGUUACCUUCCGCUUACGCCUGCCAGCUACCUGGAAGAUUCACAACGCCUUCCAUGUCCAACUUCUGAAACCCUAUCAGGAUCCGAACACGAUCUUCAUCGGACGCCAACCACCGCCGCCGCCACUCGUCCUCGUCCAGAAUGAACCCGAGUACGAGGUCGAGUCCGUACUUGCACACCGCCGUUGUCGGAAUGGCGCCGUGGAGUUUCUCAUCCGUUGGAAGGGUUAUGAUCCUUCUGAGGACAGCUGGGUCCCUGAGUCCGACAUGGGUAACGCCCGUCGUCCUCUGCAUGAAUACCUU